AUGUCAGAUGUAAAUCAGCUGAAAGACCAGGGCAAUAAGGCCUUUUCUGCUAAGGACUACGACAAAGCGAUCGAGCUUUUCACAGAGGCCAUCGCCCUCGACCCUUCCAACCAUGUCCUGUUUUCAAAUCGGAGUGCUGCGAAAGCUGGCAAGAAGCUGUGGGCUGCAGCACUCGAGGACGCAGAACAGUGUAUCAAUCUCAACCCGUCGUGGUCCAAAGGCUAUGCAAGAAAAGGGGCUGCAUUGCACGGUGAAAGACGAUUUGAUGAGGCUAUCGAGGCAUACGAGGCAGGUAUUAAGUUUGAGGACAGCCCUGCCUUGCGCAAGGGUUUACAAGAGGUGAAAGAUGCAAAGUCUAGGGAUGGAUCUGAAUCCUUUGGCCUCGGUAAAAUGUUUGCAGACCCAAAUCUCAUCGGAAAGCUAGCCACCAAUCCUCGAACACAAAAACACUUGGCAGACCCAGCGUUCGUGCAAAAGAUCAAACUCUUCCAACAAAACCCCGCACUCGCUGAAUCCGCUCUCUCAUCAGACCCCCGCAUGAUCGACGUCCUGGGUGUCGCUAUGGGCAUUGAUAUGCAAGGUUUCUCGCGCGAUGAUGGCUCUGACGAACUCCCACCCGGCUUCACACCCUCCUCUCCCCCGAAGGCCCCAACCCCUCCGACCCCAUCUGCAUCCAAAUCGAAGACACCGCCAGCACCAGCACCAGCCCCUGAGCCAGAAGACGUCGAGAUGACAGAGGAGGACCUCGAGGAGGCUAAAGCCAAAGCAGACGCACUUGCCGCAAAGGCUCAGGGCGCAGAGCACUACAAGGCACAGCGCUUCGCCGAAGCGGCAGAAUACUUCAAAAAGGCUUGGGAUUUGUGGCCGAAGGAUAUCACGUUCCUUGGCAACCUCGGCGCUGCAUAUCUCGAGGCGAAAGAGUACGAUAAAUGUAUUGAGACAUGCGAGUCGGCUGUUGAGGAGGGCCGAGGACUCCGCGCAGACUACAAGAUAAUCGCCAAAAUUUUCGGCCGUAUUGGGACUGCGUACACUGCAAAGAACGACCUAUCGUCCGCGAAGAAGUACUAUCAAAAGUCGCUGUCUGAACACCGUGACGCUACCAUUCUGGCAAAGCUUCAAGCCACCGAGAAAGCCAUCAUUGAGUCCGAGAAGCAGGCGUACAUUGACCCUGCUAAGUCUGCCAUCGCACGCGAGGAGGGCAAUGCCGCAUUCAAGAAUGGUGACUUUGCCAAGGCUGUGAAGUUGUAUGAAGAGAGUAUCAAGCGUGAUCCUUCCGAUGCAAGAGGAUACAACAACAGGGCGGCAGCGUACAUGAAGCUUAUGGCACUGGUUGAAGCUCUGAAAGAUGCCGACAAAGCAAUUGAGGUCGAUCCUACAUUUGUCAAGGCAUAUAUCCGGAAAGGCACCAUCCUGCAAACGAUGCGCGAGUAUAGCAAGGCUCUUGAAGCCCUACAGGCCGCUUCAUCAGCAGACACUGCCAAUGCACACUCUCAGGAGAUUCAAGCUCAGGAGUUCAAGAUCCAGCAAGCCUUGUUUACUCAGCGUGCCGGAGAGACGGAGGAACAGACACUCGAGCGAGCUAUGAAGGACCCCGAAGUUGCUCAAAUCAUGAACGACCCCGUGAUGCAGCAAAUUUUGCAGCAAGCGCAGGGCAAUGCCGGCGCAUUGCAAGAUCACAUGAAGAACCCUGUGGUACGCCAGAAGAUUAUGAAACUCAUCAACGCAGGAAUUAUCAAGACGAGGUGA